CCACGAUUGUGGUAAAGUGGCCACAAUUAUCUACGACCCUUACUCUCACAGACACUCUGAACGCUACCUGCGCUUACACUCGACCGCUCCCCUUUACUUGCACAUGAGGUGACGUGCAUGUUGGCGGGCGCCAGCGAGAAGCAAUCGCUAUGGCUACUCUUCGAGAUCGCCAAAUAGCCUUUAUUGAGCGCAUCCUCAACCUCAACGUGCAGACCCAGCCCGCCGAUGCCCAUCAUGACGCGAACGUCAACGGCCUGCUUCCCGCGAACUCCCCAAUACUCUCGGAGUCCGGCCAGCCGAUAUGGAAGGCUCUCGUGUUCGACGAUAUGGGGCGGGAUGUUAUAUCCAGCGUCUUGAGAGUUAACGACCUGCGGGCAUGGGGGGUUACAAUACAUCUCAACAUCAACACCACAAGACACGCCAUCCCCGAUGUACCAGUCAUAUACCUCGUGGAGCCCACUCCCACAAACCUCCAGAUAAUAACCUCUGACCUCUCCCGCAACCUCUACUCCCCCGCGUACAUCAACUUUCUGUCCUCAAUUCCUCGGCCACUCCUUGAAGACUUUGCAGCACAAACCGUAGCCUCGGGGACUUCGGAGCACCUGGCUCAGAUAUACGACCAGUACCUGAAUUUUAUCGUCUCCGAGCCGGACCUAUUUUCUCUUGGAAUGGAUGGGGCAUAUGGCACUCUUAACAGUGCGCGGACAUCCGAUCAGGAGUUGGAUGCGGCUGUGGACCGAAUCGUGACUGGACUCUUUUCAGUAACAGUAACAAUGGGGACAAUACCUAUAAUUCGAUGUCCCAAAGGGGGCGCUGCGGAACUCAUCUGUGCCAAGCUAGAUCGCAAACUCCGAGACCACAUCCUGAACUCGAAAACGAAUCUUUUCUCCGGCGGUGAUCAGAAAUCUUCCCCAGCUAUAGGGUCUCGGCCAGUGCUCAUCAUUGUUGACCGAAACGUGGAUUUGAUUCCCAUGCUAAGCCACUCGUGGACGUAUCAAAGCCUGAUCUACGACGUGCUCUCCAUGCACCUCAAUAGGAUUACCAUGUCCGUGCCAGUCGAUGAUAACAACCCAGAGAAAGGAACGAAAAAACAAUCCUACGAUCUGACAAGUUCGGAUUAUUUCUGGCUACGAAAUGCCUCGCUGCCAUUUCCUCAAGUCGCAGAAGACAUUGACACCGAAUUAACAAAAUACAAGGAGGAUGCGAGUGAAGUGACGAAGAAGACUGGCGCUUCAUCACUAGAAGAUUUGCAGAUGGACACUAGCCAAUCUGCUGCGCAUUUGAAGGCGGCAAUCACGUUGUUGCCAGAGCUGAGAGAACGGAAGUCAACUCUUGAUAUGCACAUGAACAUUCUUGGUGCACUAUUAAAAGGCAUCAAAGAUCGUCAACUAGACGAAUACUUUCAACUUGAAGAAAACAUUACGAAGCAAACAAAAGCCCAAGUAAUGGACCUCAUCAAGGACGGUAACAAAGGAAGCGAGCCCCUGGAUAAGCUAAGACUAUUUUUGCAAUGGUAUCUAAGUACCGAACAAGACGUAUCUCGGGCCGAUCUCGAAAGUUUCACACAAGCCCUAGAAGCCGCGGGAGCCGACACAACCUCUAUCAAAUACAUCAAGACGGUCUGGCAACUCACCCGUAUGACCAUGAUAUCUUCAGCCCCCACCCAAUCCACGCAAAAUACGAACGAGCUAUUCCGAGGCUUCAGUAGUCUCUCAUCCCGCGUCACCGACCGCUUUAAGGACGCCGGUCUCGGCGCCAAUCUCGAAGGCCUAGUCUCAGGCAUCAAAAACUUUCUCCCCGCAAAUAAGGACCUCACUCUAACCAAGAUCACCGAAUCCCUCAUGGACCCGCAGAAUGCUUCUUCGUCCGCCAUCUCAAAGACUGAAAACUACCUCUACUUCGAUCCUCGAUCAGCCAAUGCGCGCGGAACUCUCCCCCCUGCUAGCCAAGCGCGAAAUCAGCAAAGCACAGUUGGAAGGGGUAUUGAGGCGAGCUUUGGACAGAGGAGGCAGGGGUUCAGCGAGGCCAUUGUGUUUACGGUAGGCGGCGGGAGCAUGGAUGAGUAUGGGAACUUACAAGAGUGGGCGAAGAGGAGUAGUGUAGGCGGUGCAGCGGGUACCGGGCAGAAGAGGAGAAUCGUGUAUGGCAGUACGGCAUUGCUCUCAGCGACCCAAUUUGUGAAAGAAGAUCUAACGAGGUUGGGGGAGGAGAGCAUGUAGGCUGCUGGAGAGGAGCUACUUCACAGUGUUUUGACAAGGCUGUGCUGAGUAGACUAGGCAGGUAUCUGGGUGCACCAAAGAACGAAUGCCAGCUUGUCUUCCCAAGGGACACCCAUCCUGGAUGCGCGAAAUGUCAUACAGACACAAACCUGUGCGCCAACAGAUCAAUAACGACUCUUACUAUCAAAC